ACACUCCCACCCUUCACUUCUACACCUCAUACCUUAUCACUUCCAUCCAACGACUCUACCUACUACACUUCAGUAUACACCCAGCGUGUAUAACUUUAUCAUCACAACCGUUACUACACACCUCAAACAAUCAACAUGACUGGACGCGGCAAGGGCGGAAAGGGUCUCGGCAAGGGUGGUGCCAAGCGUCACCGAAAGAUCUUGCGAGACAACAUCCAGGGUAUCACAAAGCCCGCCAUCCGACGUCUCGCUCGUCGUGGUGGUGUCAAGCGUAUCUCUGCCAUGAUCUACGAGGAGACCCGCGGCGUCCUGAAGACCUUCCUCGAGGGUGUCAUCCGUGACGCCGUUACCUACACGGAGCACGCCAAGCGAAAGACCGUCACAUCUCUUGACGUUGUCUACGCCCUGAAGCGACAGGGACGUACCCUCUACGGUUUCGGUGGUUAAGCUCUUUUUGUUUUACAUGCCUGUUACGAAUCUUUGCGGUCGACUGCUUGCAGCGCAGGACCUUGUAGGGUGUUUCAUGAUGACAUUGGGUCCGGUUAUUGUUUUUGGGUGUUAUGUAUCAUAAGGGAUUUGGGGGAUUACAUUCGGGGAUAAUCGAAAAUGCCCCUCGAGGCGAUAUUGAUCACCAUGAUACUCAACCAACGUGAUUUGAUGCAAGUGAUAAUACUGCAGACACGCUCGCCUGUGCUUUGCGACCGGUUGUGCAUUGCUAGUGAUAUCGAAAACACGUAGUCCCUGUCGCAUGGUAACGCGUCCUGUCACGCGCCGCACAUAUUCCUGUUCGCAGUGUGUCCGUUUGAAGUCAACCUGGCGAGGCAACACGUA